UUCCUACGACAUAGAAGAAUUAGCCCUUUCAGAUGCUACUGUCAACCCGGGCAGAGAGAAAGUUGGUCCUGCUGAUUUUGAGCUUUUAAGAGUAUUAGGAAAAGGUGGUUAUGGCAAGGUUGCCAUGGUAAUAGCCAAAGAUCAGUGUAGAUUAACACACAGUUAUCUUAGUGUACUACUGGUAUAUUGUGGGGAACUUUUUAUGCAUUUAGAAAGAGAAGGAAUAUUUUUAGAAGAUGUGGCAUGUUUUUAUCUGGCAGAGAUCGUAUUAGCUUUGGAACAUUUACAUAAACUAGGUAUUAUCUACAGAGACUUGAAACCUGAGAAUAUCAUGCUGGAUGCCCAGGGGCAUGUUGUAUUAACAGAUUUUGGUUUAUGUAAAGAAGCCUUAGAAGACGGUGCCAUGACGCAUACUUUUUGUGGUACUAUAGAAUAUAU